AUGGCUAUUCCCAAUGAAACCUUUGAAUCCAGGCUCCCAGGCAUCCACAGCGGGGGCCGCCUCGGCGAGGGGCGAGCAAGCGGCAGCGGAGCUGACGAGACGUGGAAGCUGCACGCUCGCCCUGCUGCGCGGCUGGGCCCCCACAAGAUGGCGCCGCCCCUGGCCCCCCCUUCACGUUUGAAAAAUAACGGGGCCGGCGGGCCGCCCGCCGAGGAGGAGAUGCCCGAGCUGUCCGACGGUGAUGAGGCCUGGGAGGAGGAGGAGGAGGAAGGUGCCGCCGCCGAGGGCCUGCGGACCCGCUGUCUCUUCUGCGACAGGUUGUUUAGUUCUGCUGAAGGUGUAUUCUCCCACUGCAAAACAGACCAUCACUUUAAUGUUUGCAAUGUAAUCAACAAACACGGACUUGAUUUUUAUGGAUACAUUAAACUGAUAAACUUUGUUAGAUUAAAGAAACCAACAGCAGCAUAUUUGAGUUCACUCAGCAGCCCACUGCCUUGGGAAGGAGAGGAAUAUUUGAAACCAGAGCUAGAAGAUGAUCUCCUGCUUCAGUUUGAUAUAGAAGAUCUUUGUGAACCUGCAAGCGUUUUGCCUUCUAAUGGUUUAAAUGAUACUAUGGUGCUCCUUGAACAAUUAAAACAUGCAGAACACAGAGCAAGACUCGCAGAAGCAGCCUUGGCUAGAGCACAAGAUGAUCUUCAAAAAAUGAAACAAUUUGCACAGGAUUUUGUGAUGAACGCAGAUGUCAGGAGCAGCUCGUCAUCCAGCGCCAUUGCAGACCUUCAGGAGGAUGAAGAUGGUGUUUACUUCAGCUCCUAUGGGCAUUAUGGGAUACACGAAGAGAUGCUAAAGGAUAAAGUGCGUACAGAAAGCUAUCGUGACUUCAUCUAUCAAAACCCCCAUAUCUUCAAGGACAAGGUGGUUUUGGAUGUUGGCUGUGGAACUGGAAUACUCUCCAUGUUUGCUGCCAAAGCAGGCGCGAAGAAAGUGAUUGGAGUUGACCAAUCUGAAAUCGUCUAUCAGGCCAUGGACAUCAUUAGAUUAAAUAAACUUGAAAAUAUCAUUACAUUAGUCAAAGGAAGAAUUGAAGAAGUAGAUCUGCCUUUGGAAAAAGUGGAUGUAAUUAUAUCUGAAUGGAUGGGUUACUUCCUUCUCUUUGAGUCAAUGCUGGAUUCGGUCAUCUAUGCAAAGGACAAGUACCUGGCAGAGGGAGGCUCAGUUUAUCCUGACAUUUGCACCAUUAGUCUAGUAGCUGUUGGGGAUAUGAAUAAACAUGCGGACAAGCUACUUUUCUGGGAAGAUGUAUAUGGCUUUGACAUGUCUUGUAUGAAGAAGGCUGUAAUUCCAGAAGCUGUUGUGGAGGUGCUGGAUCCAAACACACUGAUAUCUACAGCCAGUGUCAUUAAGCAUAUCAACUGUAAUACUGCAUCCACUCCAGACUUAGAAUUCUCUUCGGAUUUCACCCUGACCAUUACAACGAGCACAAUGUGUACGGCAGUCGCUGGUUAUUUUGAUAUAUUUUUUGAGAAGAACUGUCACAACAAGGUCUUGUUUUCAACUGGUCCCCAGUGUACCAAAACACACUGGAAACAGACAGUUUUUCUCCUGGAGAAACCAAUUCCUGUAGAAGCAGGAGAGGCCUUGAGAGGAAAGAUAAUGGUCCGCAAAAACAGAAAGGAUCCACGGUCCCUCUUUAUAACCCUUUCAGUGAAGGACACACAGCAGACCUACAGCCUUCAGUGA